AUGUCGCUCUACUCUACAGCACCAGACAUCAGAGACUUUCAGGAGGAUAAACCGACGCUGUUGGUCUCAUGGUGGAUCACAGUCUUUUGCACAGCCAUCAUCCUCACCCGACUCGCCGGUCGAUACGUUCGCGUCGAGAAAUUACUCAAGGAGGAUAUCAUCGCCGCCGCAGCACUUGCACCGCUUAUUCUACGAGCAGUAUGCGUGCAUUUCGUGCUCAAGAAUGGCACUAAUAAUGUUAAUCUGGAUGGGUUGGAUUUGAGUGAUGAUGAUAUUGAGAAGAGGAUUUUCGGAAGUCGAAUGGUUAUGGCUAGUAGAGUAUUUUACGCUGCUGUACUCUGGGUUUUGAAACUUACUACCCUUGAAUUCUUUGAGCGUCUUGCUGGCGCUACUCGACGAAGAUCACAUCGCAUCAUGAUCCACGCCAUCCGCGGUACCCUCGCAGCAACCUUUCUCGCCGUCGUUGUUAGCGAUCUCGCGGAAUGUCAACCCUUUCCUCACUACUGGCAAGUCACGCCCGACCCAGGCCCUCAAUGCCGUCAAGCCUUCAUCCAGAUGCUCACGAUGGGCUCAUGCAACGCCUUAACCGAUCUUCUUCUCAUCGCCUUCCCCAUCCCCAUCAUCCUCUCCACGCAAAUCCCCACCAAGCGCAAGGUUCUCCUCAUCAUGCUCUUCAGUUUUGGGUUAUUGACGGUUGGAAUAACACUCUACCGCAUCCCACGCAUCAUCCAAGCAAACGGCAGUCAAGUUGUCCGCACAAUGUGGGCGUCCAUAGAGAUCCUCGCGGCCACGGCAGUAGGCAACAUCGUGGCGUUAGGCUCAUUCCUUCGCGACAGUGGCGUCAAGCGCAAGAAGUAUAAGGAUUCUGAAAGUUAUGACGGGUAUUCGAAUUCGAGAUCGCAGUCGCAGGGUACGAGACUUACGAACCGGGCACAGAGUCAGUGGGAGAAUGAGGAUGAGAUGCCUGUGCGCACGACGGAGGGGAUUUGGGCAAAGACGCAUGAUUCUGUGUCCAAGAGUAGUGCUGGCGAGAGACCUGUUAGUCCGACGCAGAGUCACGAUUCCUUGAUUACGAGGGAUCAGUUGCAGGGGGAGUCUAUGGAUAUGCCCCGUGAGGAUUUUGCGUAUAGAGAACCUCCUACCGCUGUUAUUGCGGGUGGUUCGAGGGAAGUGCAGAGAGCGCAGCCUUCAAAUUGA